UCGCAAGCCAGAAUCAGCGCCAAAAGAACAAAACAAUCAGAGACUAACGGAGGCUCACAAAGAUGUUCAUUUCAUUCGUUUUCACUGUUUGUGGCUGUAUGGAGGGAGUGCACAGGCUUUAGGACCCUGUGAGUGAGUGUUGGGAGAGAAGCGUAACAGCUAAGCACUGAGAAAGGGAAAAAUAGAAGGAUAGUGAAGGAGAUAUAAAGAAUAGAGAGAUAGAGAGGUGGGUGCUGUGAUGUAGUUGAAAAGUCACAAAAACGGUGCGACGUGGGACAUUUAAAGCCACGCUGGAAAAGGUCUAAAAGCAGAACUCAAAAGAAAUCAAACACGCCGGAAAAAGUCUUUGCAAAGAUGGGGAACCUUUUACAAACACAUCAGAACUAGUUCACGUCAUGACUCGACGUGCCCAGUGACGAACAGACCGUGCGCUCCGUAGCACGCGAGGUCCACCUGCACGCGCCGCGCACCGCACUUGGGGGCGUACCGCAUAGCACGCGGACAGCAGCUUUCAGAGCUGCUUCACGGGCACUUUCGCACAUUCUUUAGCCGAGCACUGCCAGAAUAACCAGGGACCAAACCAGUAAACUGCAUCAUUUGAUCUGACAGGAUGAGAAGAGAUUUGCACAGAGGUUAGAAUUCAGCUGGAGCACAGUGCGCUGUGCCAGCUGAGCUCCCCGCAGCACCUGCCGACGACGCCCUGCAGUGCCCCGCACGCUGCUACCCGAAAUUGAAAGUACACGUCCCCAAAUAGCUAGCCUGCUGCUGCUAGCAAACACAUCGCCAUAGGACACCUGCCCGCUUCACUCAUCAUGUCUUCCCCCAAAACAAACAACAGACCUGGGUAACUGGUUGCCUGUUUGCAUAAUCCUCUGUCAGGACUCAAAUUUGAUACUAUUGGAGUUAUAAUUCACUAACUGACAUUAAAAAUAAUGAUAUGACAUGAAAUAAAUUUUAGUCAAUUAGUAUAACCUACAUAAUUAUUGGUUUUAUUUCCCUCAUGGAUAUUUUAUUACCAAAAAAAAAGAAAUAAUUCUGACCAUAAGAAUAUUUAAAAGUAAUUAAAAAAUAAAUUCAAAUUAAUUUAACGUUAAAAUGUAGUGCCAGCAACUAAAUUCAGGUACUGGUAGCGAAAUCAAAGUAGCACUGAUGGACUUAGAUAAAUAGAAGUACAUCUACACCCAUGGCAAGACAAAUGUGGCAAAGAAGAGUUUUUGUCACAUCCAAGAUGUACUGAAGAGAGAGGCAAACGAGGCGACAGACUGAAAGGGAGAGCAGUAAGGGAGAGCACUAAGGGAGAGCACUAAGGGAGAGCACUAAGGGAGAGCACUAAGGGAGAGCAUUAAGGGAGAGCAUUAAGGGAGACCACUAAGGGAGAGCACUAAGGGAGAGCAUUAAGGGAGAGCACUAAGGGAGAGCACUAAGGGAGAGCAUUAAGGAUUCACCUUGCAGUUAUAAAACACACUGGGCAAUAUUACAUACACUAGCAGAGAGCAGCUGCCUUAGUAACCAUAAGAUGGAGAGUCCGGAUGAACUGGACCAGCCCCUUCUGAGUGAGAAAAAGAACGAAAUCUCCAGCGGUAGCGGGUUACUUAAGGUCAUCAUGGUUAAGCGCGAGGAAGCCAAGAUGAUCCCCACACCGUCCUGGAGGAGGGACCGUGCUCCGUCGGAGCACCGUCAGCAGCAGCUGCUAGACGCACGCUCUCUGCCGUGCGACACGGAGGCCCUCUACCCCGCUGGCCCCGCGUGGGGGCUCACAGGCUCCACAGGACUACACAGGAACCACUGUAUGGAGACAGCUUUUGUGGACAUGGGUCCUGGGUCCACACUGGAAAGGAAACUGCUGGAGGAUGCGAGGGAUAACCACAGCAUUGGCUACUGCACGGACGAGGAGGAUCUGGUGCCAUCUUUUGAGGAGUCCUCUAGUGAUGACUACAGCGAUACGGAGACUGAAAGCAGCUUCUCCCUCGUGAUCCCUCAAGAUUACCUGGGUCUGGCCGUCUUCGCCAUGCUCUGCUGCUUCUGGCCACUAGGGAUUGCUGCUUUCUACCUUUCACAGAAGACAAACAAAGCCUCGGCACAGGGGGAUUUCCAGAGAGCCAGCUUGGCCUCACGUCAGGCGUUCUGGCUGGCCGUGCUGUCCAUCAUCUUCGGCAUCAUCACAUACGUCUGUGCUGUCGCUGCCCUCGUCUCCUACCUGUCGGGAAAGCCCCCUUAAGACACACAUUCCAGCCCUACUUCUUACUUCUCUGCACACGAAAACCUGUAAAUAUACAAGUACCCUCCGAUCCAAGACUCUCAUUUUAUCUUGAAAAUGAGUCCAAAGGAGUGGACUGAAAGGCAUGCCGAGGAUAUGAUUCACAAUAUAAAGGAUUGAUAUUUAUGGCUUACAUUUCACUGGACCAAAGGUUUUCCACUAAAACAGUAAUAAAAACUUGUAGUGUAACCUGUUAUUCACUGAUCUCUAAUAUCAUGCUGUUAUGACAAUAAUGAAUCAUAAUGUAGGUCAGUAAUGUGACUGAUGUGUAGCUCAGUAUUUUAAGGAUUUGUACCCAUGUCUGGAAGGUUGCGAGUUUGAAUCCUUUCUUUCAUACCUGUGUGUCAGUAUCUCUCAAUUAGAGCAUGCUGGAAUACGAACCAACGCGCCAAUUUUGUGGAUGAAUAAACAACCAUUGUUCUAUUCUAAUAAUGCACAUAUAAAUUCUGUAUCAUCCAAUUAACAUACAUUAUUAUGAGGCGGAAAAGAAAUAUGGUUGUCAAGUAAAAAUACCUGACAAUGAACAUCUGGAUAUUGCAGAACAUCACAAAAGACAGACAGUAGAGAAUGCUGCUUAAUUUGCAUAGCUAAUCCAUCUCAUUCAGACACAGGACCGUGCUCAGUCAGGUGAGCUGAACACACUGCCUGAUCACAA